AUGACCUGCCCAUCGAGUUUUCCUUUGAGUAUUCCGCUGGAUCGCGAAGAUGAGACAUUCGAAGACAGACAUGUUCUCAUAUCUGAACUGCGAAGUCCGCUGAAAAGUGCAUCGGUUGUACUUCAGAAGACGUCCCAGCGCUCUGUGGGUGUUCGAAGAGCCUUCAACGUAGCCACAGUGUCAGGCCACGUCUCUAUUGCGUAA